CUUUAUAACACGCCAUGAACGAUACGACCAAAAAUCGACACCGAAAGAAGCGGUAUAGGCAGAAAGCCCAAGAAAUGAGAAAAACUAUGCGUCAAGAGAUUGAUGCCAUUCGAACAAAAGUGCGUGCUGCGUAUACUCUGGAGGCACAAAUUAACGUGUGUAAUUACAAACCUACAGAAGAAGAGCUCGAGUUAAUUUCUGAGAGAUCUUUUAACACCAAACUGUUGGAAAAGCUGGAAGCCAUCUAUUUCGACACCAACAAGACCACCGAUACCCCCCGCUCAGUUGAUAAUCGCCUGUACAGAGAAAAUCUUGUUAUGCUCCACUUCUUUUACCUUGUCCGAUUAGCUCAACAAGGAUUUCUCUACAUGAUUUCAGGCGCCUAUCCUGAUUUAGAACCCGAAGCUGUAAUUUAUCUAUGUGAUAAAAUGGUCGGUGCGUCUGUCUAUGCCGAAAAAUACCAGCAUAAAUCUGACAAGAACGACUUUAAAAGAGUUGCCUACAGAUUGAUGAGAGAUCUGGUGGAGGAAAAAGACGAACCCGUAGCAGAAGGUUUCAAGACAACAUUCAAACAAAUUGUGGACGUCAUCCAGAGUUUGAUCUUCCAAGCAUCAGAUCGUGAACAACAAUCAAAUACCACCACCAUUCCUCCCAUUUGGGUCGUUAUGCCUAAUGUCAGUAUGUUGGACAACAAAACUUUUGCUGUGCCCGGCGCAGUCCCCACUUUACCCUUCCCCGAAUCCAUGUUACCCGCUUUUUCUUCAGCCCACAAUACCUUCCCCAGCGCUGCGAACGAGUUAAAAAAGCAAGCUGAUCUUUUGGAAGAAAAAAGAAAAGCUGCCACAGCAGAGGACGCUGCAAACAGACAGGCUAAAAAGGAAAAAGAUGCCAAGGUGUUGGCCGCAAAGGAAUUAGCUGCAAAGGAAUUAGCCACAAAGCAAAUAAAUGGCAAUGCGGAGGAAGAGCAUACUGAGGAGGAGGAAGACGAGGAUAGUGAUGAAGAUGAUGACUAUGAAGAUGAAGAGGACAAUGAAGAAUUCAGUGACCAUUAUUAUGAGGAUAGAUUUGCUGAUGCUGAUACCUCUGAUGAGGAGGAACUUUUGACACAAUCAUCCGUGAAAGCAGUAGAAUUGACUAAAUCUGUUAGUCAAGCUAGUCAAUUAUCCAACAGCCAAGCUAGUCAAAUAUCCAACAGUCAAGCUAGUCAUGUAUCUAACAGUCAAGCAAGCCACGUAUCCAACAGUCAAGCAAGCCAUGUAUCCAACAGCCAAGCUAGUCAAAUAUCCAAUGGUCAAGCUAGUCAAACAUCCAAUGGUCAAGCUAGUCAAACAUCUAAUGGUCAAGCUAGUCAAACAUCCAAUGGUCAAGCUAGUCAAACAUUGAAUGCUCAAACUGUCCAAUCACCUAAUAUCCAAGACAAGACAGUAUCUAACAGUCAAGCUGGACAGUCUCCCGUUAUUAAAACUAGUCAAACAUCUGCAACUCCCGAAGUGCCCAAAGCCAAUACUAGCUGGCUCAAUUUCGCCGCAGCUUCACCUGAAGUGGAGACCCAUUCUGGACCAACCUCCCCUCGUAAUAAUAACAGAGGAAACAAACCAUACCAUGUCAAUCCCAGAUAUUAAAAUUAAUAAAUUUUAUGUAAAAGUACA